AUGGCUGUGUAUAAUUCUUUCGUUCCUUCGAAUCAAGAUGAUGGUGAUACAACACUUAUGAGUGAUUCAUUUUUUUAUGAUCAUCCAAAUUUAAUAAAACGUAUAAAUAAUCCACCAUAUUUUAAUGAAAGGAAUAAUCCGAUAUUUGAUGAUGAUGAUCCAUUGGAAGAAGCUCAUCUUAUUGAACAAAUUCUAAGUUAUUAUCGAAAAGAUCUUAGACAAGAAUCAUAUACACAAUUAGAUUGUACUCGAAAAUUAAUAAUACGUCUUUUUGAUUUCGUUCGACCAGCAUAG